CCGAGCGUCCAGCAUGCUUUAUCGGCGGCCAUGUUGGAUAUCGACGGAGUGCCGGUGUGGAUGCGACCGCGACUUUCUGCUGGAUUUUUGCCGAAUUUUGCCCGUUUUCCCUCCGGUUUGGCGGCGCAGGGGCGAGGAGAGUGACUUUCCGAGGCGCGGGAGGACGCGGAAGCGAUGGGAGAGGACAGGGAGGAGAAGAAGCCCGAGAAAGAGACCGCCGCAAGUCUCGCCGCAAGAAGCCUUCACUGUACUGGGACAAACCACCCCCAGGCUUUGAACACAUCACACCGAUUCAGUACAAGGCUAUGCAGGCUGCUGGCCAGAUCCCUUCCAAUGUGACCGUGCCCUUGAUUGCACCACCUAAGUUGCUAGUGUACCUCAGACAGUGCCUGUGCCUGUAGUGGGCUCAACCAUCACUAGACAGGCUCGACGUCUGUAUGUAGGCAACAUUCCUUUUGGCGUAACUGAAGAGGAAAUGAUGGAAUUCUUCAACCAGCAAAUGCACCUAGCUGGUCUUGCCCAGGCUGCGGGGAACCCAGUCUUAGCCUGUCAGGUUAAUCUGGACAAGAACUUCGCUUUCUUGGAGUUUCGAUCAAUAGAUGAAACUACCCAAGCGAUUGCUUUUGAUGGCAUUAAUUUUAAGGGUCAGAGUUUAAAGAUUAGACGACCUCAUGAUUAUCAGCCAAUGCCGGGCAUGUCGGAGCAUCCGACCCUCACCAUGCCAGGUACGACACAGAUCCCAGUUAUUGCAGGUGUGGUGUCAACAGUGGUCCCCGAUUCACCCCAUAAGAUCUUUAUUGGUGGUCUGCCUAAUUAUCUUAAUGAAGACCAG